AUGGCCCCGAGUGGCCCUGGUGGCCGUGACAGCUGGUCCUGCCCCCGGCAGCACCGUCUCCAGCCCGGGCCCCAGCGGCCCCGCCUGCCCGGGUCCCUGCGGGAAGAUGACCUCGCAGUUCGCUCUUCUAUUGGGGCUUUAAGCACUGAGGAGGGGACAAUUGCAAUGCAUUUGUCUGGCUCUUUUGGUCCACAGGUGACUGAAACACCAGGACCCCCUGGCAAGGACAACAAGGGACCAAAGGGAAUGGAGAAGACCAAGGCCACGCAGGAGGUCAUUCCCACCCUGCUGGGUCCAAAGAGCCAGCAGUCUCCAGCACGACACCAGUCAGAGGAAAUGCACUUUGUUCCUUUUCUUGCCCAUUGUCAGGGCUGCCCACCUGACUCCCUCAGGUUUCUCUUCUACAACCGCAGUUUCUCCAACUCGUACAACCCCUUCUACACGGCGCAGAAGCCAACCUGCGGGUACCGCUACCACCGCAGCACCGACCACACCAGGAAGGUGAUGGAUGUCCCCAGUGCCAACAUUGUGAAAUGGAGACCCCUUCGGGGCCCCAGGUUGGAGCCAAGAGCAAACAAACCCAAGCAAUGA